CCAGGCCUUUGGCCGGAGCCUGGGCCUGUCCUUGCUUCCUUCCCUGGCCUUGCCUCCAUGGAGCCCGUCCUCCUCCUCCUCCCGAGGGUCCUUUUCUUUGGGCCCAGGAAGGGCGGGGCGGGGCAAAGGGAGGCUCCUCCCUCUCGGACGGACGGAGCCAGGCAGGCAGGGAGGGAGGCAGGGCACCAGGCGGAGGAAGAGGAGCAGCGGCGGCGGCGGCGGCGUCCGCGAAAGCAGCACCGGCACCGGAGCCCUCCUGGCCUUCCUCCUCCGAGGGAGCCCUCCCUACCUCGCUCCGUCCCUCCGUCUGGUGUCCGGCGGGGGCCCAGGUCAGAGGAUCCUUCGCCACCAGAGCCAUGACCUGGAUUCCACCAUCCUUGUGAACCCAGACGAGGAGAGUGCUGUGGCCGAGGUCCGUUCCUUGUUAUGUGACCCUUCGGCCCACAAGUUGCUGGUGCUGUGCGGGCAAAGAUCGGACCAAGAAGGGGACCUGAUCCUCCAGAAGGGAAGCUUCUCUUACCACAAAUUUGCUGAAAUACUUGCUGAUCCAGAGGUUGCCCAGCUUCUCAGCGAGAGGGAUCCUGCCAGCAAAGCCUCCCUCACCGUGUCGUGCUUUGGGGAGGGAGACUGGAGCAACCUUGGUCUCCCUCAGUGCCAGGGCCUUCUGAACCUGAGACUGAACCCAGACCUGGUCCUGCCAGAGAUGGACGGGGUCUCCGAAUUUGCCGAGUAUGUCUCGGAGACGGUGGACGUCCCUUCGCCCUUUGAUCUCCUGGAGCCCCCCACCUCCGGGGGCUUCCUCAAGCUCUCCAAGCCCUGCUGCUACAUCUUCCCCGGCGGACGGGGGGAUUCGGCUCUUUUUGCCGUCAAUGGCUUCAACAUCCUGGUGGACGGUGGCUCAGAGAGGAGAUCCUGUUUCUGGAAGCUGGUCCGGCACCUGGACAGGAUUGACUCGAUCCUCCUCACCCACAUUGGGGCGGACAACCUCCCAGGGAUUAAUGGGCUGCUGCAGAGGAAGAUAGCGGAGCAGGAAGAGGAGCAGUCACAGGGCUCCACCAACUACAGUGACUGGAUGAAGAACCUCAUCUCCCCUGAGCUGGGCGUCGUGUUCUUCAAUGUUCCCGAGAAGCUCCGGAUGCCAGAGUCCUCCAUGAAGGUCAAGCGGAGCAUCGAGGAAGCCAGCCUGGCCCUGCAGUACCUCACCAAGCUGGGCAUCAAGCCGGAGCCCCUCUACCGGGUGGUCAGCAACACCAUUGAGCCCAUCACCUUGUUCCACAAAAUGGGUGUUGGGAGGUUAGACAUGUAUAUCUUGAACCCAGUGAAGGAGAGCAAGGAGAUGCAGUUUCUCAUGCAGAAGUGGGCUGGGAACAGCAAAGCAAAGACAGGCAUCAUCCUGGCCAAUGGGAAAGAGGGGGAGAUCUCUGUUCCCUACCUGACCUCCAUCACAGCCUUGGUGGUAUGGCUGCCAGCAAGCCCAGCGGAGAAGAUUGUGCGGGUCCUGUUUCCAGGAAACGCCCCACAAAACAAGAUUUUGGAAGGUCUUGAGAGGCUCAGGCACCUGGACUUCCUGAAGUACCCCGUGGCUACGCAGAAGGAGAUGGUCUCUGGCAUGCCCUCGCCAGCUGUGAAGCAGGGCAAGAUGAGGCAAAGGACAGACAGCAAGGAGAGCCUCAGGUCCUCUUCUAGGCCGCCUGCUGGCAAGGAGGCAAGAGCCGAGGAGACAAAAGCCGAGGUUGCAAAAGAGGCCAAGGUGGAGAGAAGGGCGAAAGAGCUCUUCGAAAAAGCCCCAGAGAAACCCCCGAAAGCAGAGAAGAUAAAAACAGACUCCAGCAAUGCCCUGAAGGCCGAGAAAAGAAAACUCGCCAAAGACAAAACUGGGAAGAAGCACCUCAAGGAGAAAGUUUCCAAACUGGAGGAGAAAAGGGACAAGGAGAAGAAAGAGCUGAAGAAAGAGAGGAAGGAGCUCAAGAAAGACGAUGGAAGGAAAGACGAAAGGAAAGAGUCCAAGAAAGAGGAGAAAAAGAAAGAAACCAAGCCUGACCUGAAAAAAACACCCAAGCCUGACCUGAAGCCCUUCACUCCUGAAGUGAGGAAAACCUUGUCCAAGGCCAAGGCUCCUGGACGGAUGAAGGCAGAGAAGGUCCGCAGCAAGGCCGAGAAGGAGAGCCUGGUCUCAGAGCCAAAGAAGCCCGGCCGGCCACAAGAGCUGCCCAGCACAGAUGGCCAGAGGCCUGUCCUCUCUUCCCCAGAGGACCUGACCAAGGACUUUGAGGAGCUAAAGGCCGAAGAGCAAGGAACGCCACCAGGCACUCCUCUUCCCUCCACAGAAGGGCAAGAGAACGGCAUGCCCCAAGGAGGGGUCAGCCCAAUGCCCCCAUCCCUGGCUGCCCUGGGGGAGGAAAUAACGCCCCCCAAAGCUGGGGCCUGGGAAGCCCCUGGAGGUCGAGAUGAGAGAGUGGCCAUGGCGCAGCCCCCAGAUGGAAAAGAGUUUGGGGAGAAGACAGGAGUGGCAGCAGCAACAACGGUAGCGGAGCAUCCUGGGGAGGAGGCUGGAGGUGCCAGGGACCGGGCACUGGCCUCUGGGGACUCCCCCACUGCGAGGCCUGCGGAAGACAAAGAAGAGACCAUGACUUCCGAGAGGACAUGGGUGGAAGCCAAGGAGGAGAGGCAGGAAGGAAGGAGAUGCCCCCCAGGGCUGGAGAAGGCAGAGCUGGGGGUUUUGGAAGAGCCCCCAAGGGAGGCAGAAGACAGUGGAGAGAGAGAGCAGGGAGAUUUCUCCAUGUUCCAGACCCCUCAAGGCCCAGGUUUAUCUUUGGAGGAAAAGGGGAAAGAGCCCAAGGAAGGGAGGACAGAUCAAAGCAAAGAGCAAAGUAAGAGGGCAGCCGUAAUGUUGAAGGAGGAGGAAGAGGAGGGGGAGCCUUGCCAGGUUGCUCUACCAGCUCCACUGGGCACCGAGCACAUCUCCUACAUCCAGGACGAGACCAUCCCUGGCUACUCGGAGACGGAACAGACCAUCUCUGACGAGGAAAUUCAUGAUGAACAGGAAGAGAGGGCCCUGCACCUGAAGGCUGACCUCGGCUCUGAAGAGAUUGCCCUUCCCAGCCGGCCGGUCCCCUUCGGAGCCUCCCAUGAGAGCCAAGCCGUGGCCGAGGGGAGCAAGGGCUUUCCUGGCCAGGAGACAGAGCUUCUCGCCUACCCUGCAAACAUGGUGGCUGCUCCCCUGGCGGAAGAAGAGCAUGUCUCGUCAGCCACCUCCAUCACGGAGUGUGACAAGCUCUCCUCUUUUGCCACUUCGGUGGCGGAAGACCAGUCGGUGGCCUCCAUAACAGCCCCACAGACAGAGGAGACUGGCAAGAGCUCCUUGCUGCUGGACACGGUCAACAGCAUCCCUUCCUCUCGGACGGAGGCCACCCAGGGCCUGGACUAUGUGCCCUCCGCUGGGACCAUCUCCCCAACCUCGUCACUGGAGGAGGACAAGGGCUUCAAGUCUCCCCCUCUGGAAGACUUCCACACACAAACAGCAGAAGGCGCGAGGAAGUGCCUGGCUGGCAAGAAGGACUUGCAGCAGGACCAGGAGGAGGAGGAGGAAGAGCAAGAGCAGGAGGAGGAGGAUGGGACUCCAAACCUGGAGAGGCCUUGGCGAGCCCAAGGGCACUGCGAUGCACCAGUUUUUCCUGAGCCAGGGCCCCCAAGGGCCCAUUUGCCUGAAGUUCUCACAGAAGGGGCCCCGGAGGCCCUCUUGCUCCUGGAGAGAGAAGACAUCACCCCACUGCUGCAGACAGAGCUGGUCCCUGUGGAGGGGGAGGAACGAUGCACCAGCCCCGAUGACAGCACUGUCAAGAUGGCCUCCCCGACCCCCUCGGGCCCCACCAGCGCUGGGCACACACCCUUCCACCAGUCCCCUGUGGAGGAAAAGUCAGAGACGGUGGAGGCAGAGGGCUUUGAGAAGUCAGCGGAGGUUCCUGCCAGCCUGGAUGGGCCAGAGAGCCCCAGCACAGCCAUGAGGCUCUCCGGAGCCCCAGAAGGCGAGGAGGCCACCGAGCUGGGGGUCUUCCAAAGGGCCAAAGAGCCCCCUGCACCCCUGCAGGACUUGCCCAGCCUGGGAGGCAGCUCCCUCCAGACACCCACGGAGUCUGUCUCUUCCCCCAAUGGAAACUGGUGCCAGGCUCAAGAAAGCAAGGAGCUGGCCAUGAGCUUCUACCACACGCAGGAAACGGUGGAGCUCUCCGACUGGUUCCCUCCCGGCCAAGAGGUGCUUCCAGAGCCAGCAGAGGGCUCUUCCUCUGAGAAGGAUGUCCAGGGGGACCGGAGGUGUUCGGGGAGCGAGCUGUUCUCUGCUUCAGAAAUCCCCCCUCCGAAAGGCUGGGGAGAAUCCCCAGAUGGACUGGAAGGUGAGGAGCCUUCACAUCUGCCCACCAAAGAGAUUCCACCCGGGGAAGCAAGAGAGUCUUCUUUCAUUGGGGAGAUUUCUGGAGAGGCACACUCCUCAGACAAGUCCACCGAAGAACCAUUCUCAGAAGACAGAGAUGCCAUACAUCUCAUGGGGGGCUUCUUAGCCCACGAGAAGUCAUCUGCUGCUGCUCCAGAAGGGAGCAGGGGUCCUGUGAGUCUCGGUGGAGAAACCCCUCCAGCCUUGUCCCCAGAAGAGGUUGCCCAAACAGACACAAGAUCUGUGCUGGCCAAAGAGACCCAUGCUGAGAAAUCUCCACCAGAGGAGCCCGGAGGCAGCUUUUCUCCUGCAGCAGAGCAGGCCAAAGACAAGGGGCCAGAGCUUUCUUUCCAAGGCACCUCUCCGGGUCUCCUUUCCUCCCCCGAGAAGGGCCUGUUUCAAGACCAACAUGCCUCCCUAGUCACGCCUGGUGCGGAGAUCUUUCUGGAAGCCACCAAGUCAGUUUCCUUGGCUGGAGCAGACCCAGUCAUGGAGGAGCCAUUCCCAGGUCCAUCCUCCAGGGAAGGGAGUCCAGGCCCAAUUCUAGGCAGGGGGUCCUCAGCAGAGGCCCCAGGCUCAGGGGAGACGGAGCCACACCACUUCCAGGAAGAGCGGCCAGAUCCAGAAGAGGAAGAGGGAGAACAGUCUCCAGAAAUGGAAGACAUUUAUCUGAAAGAUGCAAACUGUGAAAAGAAAGUGUGGUUUCCGGAGGAGGAGAAAGAACUCCCAAGCAGAGAGUGGCAGCCUAAAUAUGACAAAGAAAAGGGGGAAUGUACUUUUCUGGAUGAUGAGACGGAGGGAUCUGAGACUAAGUUGCUGCCUUCCACAACUCACAAGGAAGAAGAUUAUAGGGACAGUAUUGCUGGGCACUCAGCGAGGGAGACGCGGGGCAUGGUGCGUGGGCGCUUCCCCGACGAGGCUUCCUCAGAGAAGGAAGGGGCUCAGUGGGAGGAAGAGUGCCCCCCUGGACAAACACAGGUGGCGGCAGUGGCAGCAGCACCACAAACAAGCGAGCAGCAGAGUUGGACGGAGCAUGAGAUGUUGGCCGCUGUGGACAGUGGGACCUCCCCACAGCAUGGAAGGGUCCCCAGAUCCAUGCCUGGAUGGAUGGCUGCAGAAGAAAGAGAGGAGCCUCUCAUGUCUUCCUUGCCGUGUGGGUCACUGGCUCCUGAAGAGGAGGAAGAAGCCCCCUUCCUGCCCCAGAGGAGCACCAUGGGUGAGAGGCUGGCAGUGGAAGGUGUCUUUCUCCAUAAGGAUACACUGGGCUCCAGAGAGGAACAAGGGGAAAAUGGAAAGCCAGGGGCCAGAGGGAAGCCCCCAGGCGGUAGUACUGCUCCCAUGGAGGGAAGCCAAGAGCAGAGGAGCAGGAGUCUGGGCCCCACAUGCCCUGAGGCACAGCAGGGCCACGGCCUCCCGACCCCCUCUAUCGCUCUCAGCCAGGUUGAGAGCCAGGCUUGCCCCAGCACCCCUGAAUCCUCCGCUGACCCAUUUGAACCCUGGGAGCCCCAUAGAGGGGCUGGGGAGAAGGAGGAAAGGGAGCCCACUCCCUACCCUCACCAGAAGAGCUUCCACUAUGCCGACGUCUACGGGGAUGGGGGGCUGCUGGGUCUGGGCCCCCUUGGGAAGGGGAAGGCGCCCCCACGGCUGCCAGCAGAAUCCCUCUUCCCCAUCUCCUCCAAGGAGGAAGAGUCCUGCCUCUACACUCCGACUGAGAAGGAGCUUUCCUCUCCCACCUCCCCCAAGGAGAAGGUCCAGCCCGCCUUCAGCUAUGCCAGCGUCCAAGAGCACUACCAUCUCAAGGCCAAGCAGGAGAGCUCCCAUUGCUGUGGCCAGGACCCCAAGGAAGAGGAGGGGGCCGCAUCUCCACCUCCCCUGCCCAUGACCUCUCCAGGAGACAGAGGCUUCAGCGGACGCCCAGCGUCUUCCCUGGCAUCUCUUGGGCAGGAGGAGAGCCCAGCCUGCAAGAGGGAGCAUGUGUGGCCUUCGGAGGCGGAGGCCAGCCAGAAGCCAAGACCACAUUCCCCCCACAAGGACACUUACUAUGAGAAGUCUGGCGGGGAGGAAGGCACCAGUGACACUGAGCUGGAGAAGGGAGCCACGGAGCCAUCGGAGAAGGAGUCCAAUCCCACAAGGCCCUCUGUGGCUGGGAUGGAGAGGGACCCCCCCUACACAGACAUCUCGGGGAAGGAAGCCUCCAGAGCCUCCUUGGAAGUAGAGGACCAGGGCAAGAGAGGAGCCCUCGGCGCUGCUCAGUGUGGCCCCAACGACUACCCUAGCAGCCCCCCCGGAGAAGGAGCCCCUGCCAUCACAGACCCUCCAUGGCUGCCCUCUGCCAUCUUGGGGACGAAGCAGAAGGAGCCGGCCAAAGGCCCAUCCCUCCUGUCCAUGGGACGAGACUCUUCCGCUGUCUCUGGAGCCGGCUUUGAGCUCUCCUCCCUGCAGACCCACCAGCCCUCCAUUCUCUUCCGGCAUGAGGCCCACCUCUCCUCUGCCCACCUAUGGGAGAAGCCGGGCAGAGAAUGCCAGGCUGAUGAGUACCUGGAGGUCUCAGGAAAGGCCUGGCUGGAAGCGGACCCUAACAUGGGGUCCCCCCAAACUGAUCUGUGUAGGGAGGGAGGGCAGCUGUCCUGUGGGCCUUCCUGGGAGCAGGCCAGCCCCUCUCCAAGAGUGGCACCCACAAAGGGCCCCCUCCAGGCCGUCACAGCACCCAGGCAGGGGGGCUCCUGCCCAGAAGUGGCAGCAGCCAAGCCUGGGACCCACAUCGCCCCUGCAGAGCUUCCAUCAGACCCUCCAGAGGAAACCAGAGGGGCCUUCCCUGCCAGCAACCUCUGGCCACCACCCUCUCCACCAUGCACUGUGAGUUGCCCCCCGCAGCCACUGAGCCCCGCAGAGUGGACAGCCGGUGCCAGCUUCCCUGAGGGUCCAGAAUUGGUUCCCCAGUGCCAGCAGGAGGCCUUUACUUCAGCCAACGGCCCCACCGAGGUGAGCUCCAGUCCCCUGGCCUUCCACAGAGUGCCCCCAGACAUGGGCACGGCAACUGGGACCAGGGAGGAGGAGGAGGAGGAGGAAGCAAUGGUGGCAGUGGAGGGGAGGCACACACGCCCCUCUUCCCUCGAGAACCCAGAAGAAAGCACCUUCCAGGCCUACUUCCCAGAGGCGGCUCGGUGGGGCAGCCAAGCAGAGGACCAAGGCAGCGUCUCCCAUGAGCAGGAGCCGUGCAUGCGAAGCCCCUCAGAGCGUGGGCAGAGGUUCUCCUGUGAAUACCAGCAGCAGAGGAGGGGAGAACUCUCCCCCUCCUUCAUCAACCCCAGUCCCCACGACUCUUCGGACGAUGAUGAAGAAGACGACAGCAAGCUCUCCCAGGCAGAGGGGCAGCCCACGGCCAGGGGGCGGCCACACACCCUUCCCAGCGGCCACAGGCAAGCAGCUGCCCCCACAGGGGAAGAAACACCCCCUACGUCUGUCAGUGACUCCGGAACAUCCCAGUCGGAUUCAGACGUCCCCCCGGAAACGGAGGAGUGCCCUUCCAUCACGGCCGACGCGGCCAUGGACUCAGACGAAGAUGCCGAUUUCCUCCCGGUGGACAAAGCCACUGGUAGCUCACAUCAUGGCAGCUCUGGCAGUGGGAGCAGUGCCUGGCUCGGCUACGACCCACAGCCGGUGUCUCUCGUGGACCCCCACCCCCAUCCUCCCCACCCAGACGUCUGCAUGAUGGACCCUGAGGUGCUCCUGCACAAUCAGAUCCUGAGUCAGCCUCCAGAGAAGAUGCACUCCCAGAAGGAGCCGAAGCACAGGGGAGGGCGGAAGCCAACGUCUGGUAAGGGCAAGUCCUCCCCAUCCCCAUCCCCAGCCCGGAGGCUGGACCGGCCUGCCAAGCCAGCCUGGACCAAGAGGGAUAAGGCUCUCAAGCCCCAUGCGGAGGAGAAGGAGAGCAGCAGUGUCCGGAGCUCCCACCCCAGUGGCCCAAGUGGCCCAAAGAACCUCCUCAAUAGCAUGAAAAGCAACCUGGUUUCCAGCAGCCCCAAAAGCAGCGGCGCCCCAAUGCCGGCCGGGCCCCCCAUCUACGUGGACCUGGCCUACAUCCCCAACCACUGCAGCGGCAAGAACACCGACCAGGAGUUCUUCAGGCGGGUCCGGGCCUCUUACUAUGUCGUGAGCGGGAACGACCCCGGCAGCGGGGAGCCCAGCCGGGCAGUCCUGGAAGCACUGUUGGAGGGGAAGGCCCAGUGGGGAGAGAACCUGCCGGUGACCCUCAUCCCGACACACGACACGGAGGUGACGCGGGAAUGGUACCAGCAGACCCAUGAGAAGCAGCAGGAGCUGAGCAUCAUGGUGCUGGCCAGCAGCAGCACAGUGGUCAUGCAGGACGAGUCCUUCCCGGCCUGCAAGAUCGAGUUCUGAGGCCCUGCUCUGGCCAGUGCACCUCCGCCUCCACUCCUCCUGCACAGCUCUGCCCCCUUCCUCUGCCCUCCUGAACAUGGGGCCCAGGAAUAGGCCAGGACAUAGGGGAGGGCAGCUUGGAGGGACCCCGGGCCCAUUUCGCUUUCCCAGGUUUAUUUUGCUGCUGCCGCUGCCGCUGCCGCUACUGCCAUUGCCAUUACCAUUAGAUGACUUGGUUCCCUUGGUUCUGCUUGCGUGUGCCCUUCCCUUAAACCCCCACCCCACCCCAAAACUGUCUGGGUUGGUAGCAGUGCUAGAGGCAAAAUUAGCAGUAGAAGCAAGAGCACUCUGUCUGUGUGUGUGUUUGAGAGAGAAAGGUGAAACAGUACCCCCAACUGGCAAGGUGGCAGCCGCUAAAUGCUGCCAAUGUUAGCCUGGCCCUCUGCAAGCACAGCUGCUCCCAGGGCACUGUAACUGUACCCUUGGUUCCAGAGGGAGGGUGGGCAAGGGGCUUGAGCAAUGGGGCUUUUGCCUUGGCAACAGCUGGGUCAGCAUUGCAAGAGGCAGAGGCAGCUGGGUUCUUCAGAGGAACCCCAGAAAAAUACCUCUCUUUCCGCACCCCAUCCCCAAGAAUAAAGUCUCACAAAGAGGACGGAAUAGUGGAAGAGGGGCCUCAUGUCCGAGGACCCAAGGCUGGGCCAUGCACUUGGCUGCCCCCAACCCCGGGCAUCUCUGGGCUGCUCCCCCCCAACAGGAAGAUCCAGAGGUCAGGGGGGGGUCGGAGGCGCCAGCAUCCCAUGUUGCUUGUGUGCCAGGUGAGAAGAGCAAGCAGCACGUGGCAGGCUGAGCGGGUGCUCCGUCCCUAAUAGGUGGCCCUGGGCACAGUCAUUUUGGGGCUGCUCUCUAGCGGAGGUGAUGCAUGUGAAUGUGGGCGCGUGUGAGAGGAAUGCUCUACGGACGUUAAAGAUUUUCAUGGCCGUAAUGCAAUUUAUAUAUUUAUUUAUUUAUUUAGUUCUCAUUUUCAUGCAGUUCCAACCUACUUUGCGUGUUGUGGUUGGUGGUGUUUUUGUGUGUGUAUGGUUUAGACCACUUCGGCUCUGCCCUGACCCUGCAGGGCAGAGGGCGGCACCUUUGCUUCUAAAGGCCGCAACCUGUAGGAUGUUGGUGCCCCCAGCCACCUCCUCUCCUCUGCCCAUGGCUGGCCAGGGAUCUGAAUGGGGCCCCAUUGGAGGAGCCAGCCGUGGGUGCAGAGAGAAGGCCAAGUGUCCACUGGCUCGCCAGCCAGUCGGAUGGCCCCUCCAGCUGUGGCCAAGCACCCUCCUCUGACCCGCACAAGGAUGGGCACGCGCAGGUGCCCUCACCCACCUAUGAAUGUCUCUGCCUCAAAACUUGAAGCUGGGAGCAAUGGGGCUGAUGCCCUCCACUCCCUUCCCCCUCCCCAUCAAAGUAUAGGGGAGGGUCUUCUUCCAACCCAGCCUCCUUGUUUCCUUGCUGCCCCACAACACAGCCAGACCCCCCCCCCCCAAAUCAGUCUGAGCAUCCUUCCCACAUUUUGUCCUUUGGAAGCAGUCUUGAGCACAGCCUGCUUAGGUCUUUGAUGGCAGAGCUUGUGAACCCCUUUCUCAAUGCACUCAGCCCCACUGGCUGCGAUGGGGAGGGGGUCUGGGUCCCUCGUGCUCAGGACCCAGAGUGGGAGAGGCUGAGAGUCUGCUUGUGCUUGCGCCUCCUGCAUGUGUGCGGCCGCCCCACGUGGUGCUUCCUCCGUGUACAUAGGACUCAUUUGGAGUGACCAUGACAAUGGCUUCUUUGUCACUGCCAUCCUCUUUGUGGUCCCCAAAUGGCAUCUGCUCUUCUUGGCUGAAUGUUGUAUAAAAAUGGACCCUCCUCCACCCCUUUGCCAUUAUUAUGUACAAUUGACUUCUGUUCCUCCUCCUCCUCCUCGCCCUUCUUUCUGUGUGCAAUGCUCUGUAACUCUAAUGAUUGUAAAGGGAGAGGCUGUACUAACCAAUAAACCCACAUGAACUGCAA